GGGCUUUCAGUUUUCAGCGGAGUUUCAGUACGUGUCUGAAACUUGUCGGAGGGUGGUCGUUUAGAGGCGUUGCUAGAAAACACGCUCGUCAUAGCGAGAAGCUACAGUGCCACGAUGGGUACAGAUCCCGUUCUACGCCAAGGUUUGGCGACGAUGCUUCUUUCGGUGGUGAUGUUCGCGGCUGUUGGGUAUGGAAUCGGACUGCGAUGCGAUAUGAUCCCCGAAGGGGUAACAUCUCCUAGGUGCAGCGAAUAUCCAGGCAGAUACAGGAUAGAUAUUUCAGGAAAUCCUGAUUCAUACAUCCCAGGGGAACAGUAUACCGUUUUUCUGCGCAGUUCGGUCGUAAAUAACCCGGAAACCAAAUUUACGCACUUCAUCCUUUCCGUGGUGAGCGAGAAGCCGGAAAAAGACAUAGAAUCGGAAAACGCAAUCGGAUCCUUGCAGCUCUACGGGGAUGCGAUGACGAAGUUCAGCGACACUUGUCAAAACGCUGUCGUCGAAACAGACACUCAACCAAAAUCCGAGAUUCAGAUUCUAUGGCUCGCACCGCCGAAAGGCACAGGUUGUAUCAAAUUUCGCGCCACCGUGAUCGAAUCUGUGGACGUAUGGUACAGCGAGGACGGCGAUCUGACUAAGAUCUUAUGCGAGGAAUCUCCAGACACGGAAGACACGCAGCCAAAAAUAUUAAAGCAGUGCUGUACUUGCGACGAAGCUAAAUACGAGGUAACGUUCGAGGGUCUAUGGUCGAGAAACACCCAUCCAAAGGAUUUUCCUUCGGACGGAUGACUGACCCGAUUUAGUGAUAUUAUAGGAGCGUCUCACACGGUCAACUACUCGUUUUGGAGCUACGGGGACUUUGCCAGCGAAGGGUUGCAGCAACUCGCCGAAUACGGAAAUACUAGAAUGUUGGAGAGUGAACUAAAAGCAAAGAGCGAUCAAAUACGAACCAUCAUCAAAGCCAGAGGUGUGAGUUAUCCGAACAUCACUGCGAAAACUUUCGCCGUGUUCCGAGUGGACAGUAGACACCAUUUGAUGUCCAUAGUGUCCAUGAUCGACCCAUCGCCCGAUUGGAUUGUCGGGGUGUCCGGUUUGGAGCUAUGCCUGAGGAACUGCUCUUGGAUAGAAUCUAAAGUGCUCAACUUGUAUCCCUGGGACGUCGGCACCGACGACGGCGUGACGUAUUUGUCACCAAACCAACCAUCUCCGUUGCGCCAGCCUAUAAAGAGACUAAAGACGGAUUAUCCAGACGACCCUAGAUCUCCUUUCUACGAUCCGACGGGUACGUCUAUGAAACCAUUCGCCAGAUUAAGCCUGUCGCGUCAAAGGUUGUACGAGAAAGCGUGCGACGCGUCAUCGAAUGACGACGCUGAAGACGGCAACGCGAACUGCGAAACAACGGAGUGGUCCGAAUGGUCUCCGUGUUCGGCGACGUGCGGAAGAGGGGUGAAGUACAAACAGAGAAGAUACAAAAAGGAGGAGAGCAAAUAUAUUUGUCAUAAAAAACUAACGGAAAGAGCCAGCUGCGAAGCUGUUCAAAGAUACUGUCCUCAGGUCCCUCAAAAGGAGGAGGACGAUCCGCUGUGCGAAUUAGGUCCUUGGUCUCAGUGGUCGGGCUGUAGCGUGACUUGUGGUAAAGGAACCCAGACCAGGGAUCGAAAGUUUAGAAACAGAUACGCGGCCAAACACUGUCUAAUCGGAAAAAAACGACCUCCAAUUCUGCAACAAAAUAUGGAGUGUUGGACAGCACGCCAGUGUGAUGACCCUCAGGAUCGGGUUGACGUUGCAGACUGCCCCGAACGACCUUGGACAGACUGGUCACCAUGUUCCGCGACCUGUGAUAAAGGUUUCAAGGAAAGAUACAAGUUGUCUUUUAGGUAUACCGGCGAGCAAGCGGUAUUCUGGCCCGUUAGUAAGCUAAAAGAAUUGCAUAGCGAAGAGGACUUUGAUGAGAACGACGCGUGUACUAAGAAAAUAAGGGAAACAGUGGAAUGCUUCGAGAGGCCCUGCGAAAAGGAAAGUCGACCUUUAAGUGCCGCCAUCUGCAGCUUGCCGAGAGACUUUGGAGCGUGCAAAAGCAACAUCGAUCGGUGGUAUUUCGACACGAUGAAAGGUCGCUGCGAAAUCUUCAGCUACAGCGGAUGCGAGGGGAACCAAAACAACUUUAAUACCCUCGAGCAAUGCCAAACGUUAUGCUCCAACUACCAGAGAGAGCUUAUCGCUAACAUCACCAAGCAAAGACAACUGGGCGUUUCGAUUUCAGGAGUGAUGUCUUACAAUAUGCACCAGAAUGACGCAACUGCCGUUACCACGCAGCCAGAGCAUGAGCGCGUUUUCAGAGAACUCAUGUUGGUCGAAAAAGUGGACUGCAAAAUGUCAAAAUGGGGCGACUGGACCAAAUGCAUACCGAGCGAGGGUAGUUGCGGACGCGGUCACCAAAUGAGAUAUAGAUACGUCAAGGUCUAUCCGAUGAAUGGCGGUCGACCCUGCUCCAAAAAGCUCAUCAAAAAGAAGAGGUGCUUGACAAACUGCGACGACGAGUAGUUUCAACAUGUAAAACGUCAUCACGGAGAUUCACAUCACCACAAUUUUUUCGACGUUUUUGAAUAAUCUUUUUGCUUUGUAAUGAUAAGUAAUACAUAUCACAAAAAUAAAACUUUGCUGGUAUCUACAAAUAGUCGUACAAAAUGCUGAAAUUCACUUUGAGGGAAAAGGAAUUUUGUUUAGCGUUUCUCCUUCGAGGUUACUUUGUUAUCGAAAACAUAUCCAUUUUUUGAUUCUACCUGUUAUGCGGACAGCCAAAAUUAUCGAAUUUAAGUAAUGGACAAUAAAAAACAAAUUGUUAGCGUUUAGUAGAAGAGAAUGUUUAGCGGAAGAAGUACCAAUAGAAUA